AUGAAAACAAAGAUGUGCAUAUUGGCGGUUGCCCUUGGUCUUGGACUUGGGGGUUCCCUGGCUCAACACUACCCCCAUACCAAGCAUGGCAGAACGUCUAUAGUCCACUUGUUUGAGUGGCGCUGGGCUGAUGUAGCUAAGGAAUGCGAACAGUAUUUGGCACCACAUGGUUUUGGUGGGGUUCAGAUAUCCCCUCCUACUGAGAACAUCGUCAUCACUAAACCUUGGAGGCCGUGGUGGGAGAGAUAUCAGCCAGUCAGCCACAAUCUGUGCUCCCGAUCUGGAACAGAACAAGAGCUGAGGGAUAUGAUCACCAGAUGCAACAAUGUUGGGGUGAACGUGUAUGUGGACGCUGUGAUCAAUCACAUGUGUUCAUCUGAAGGCGGGGAGGGCAGGCACUCGACCUGUGGCUCAUACUUCAAUGCCAGUAAAGAGGAGUUCCCAUCUGUGCCCUUCACCUCAAGGGAUUUCAACGAUGGCAUAUGCAAAACCCAGAGUGGAAAUAUCGAGAGCUACCAGGACAUCUAUCAGGUGCGCGACUGCCGCCUGGUUGGCCUCCUUGACUUGGCCCACAGAAGGGAGCACGUUCGAGACAAAGUGGCUGACUAUAUGAAUUCGCUGAUUGACAUGGGUGUGGCGGGGUUCCGGGUGGACGCCUGUAAACACAUGUGGCCUGAAGAUUUGCAUGCGAUUUACAGCAGACUGCACAACCUCAACACCACAUGGUUCCCAGAUGGCUCAAGGCCUUUCAUUUUUCAAGAGGUUAUUGACCUCGGUGGAGAACCGACAAAAGCCAGUGACUACUAUGAGCUAGGCCGUGUAACAGAGUUCAAGUACGGUGCCAGACUGGGAACAGUCAUCCGCAAAUGGAACAAUGAGAAGCUGUCUAAUCUGAAGAGCUGGGGUGAGGACUGUGGACUCAUGCUAUCAGAAAAAGCCCUGGUAUUUGUGGACAACCAUGACAACCAGAGAGGACAUGGAGCAGGGGGCAAGUCCAUCCUCACCUUCUGGGAGCCCAGGUUGUACAAAAUGGCCAUGGGUUUCAUGCUCGCCCACCCUUACGGAAUAACCAGAGUGAUGUCAAGUUAUCGCUGGAAUCGACACAUUGUGGAUGGCAAGGAUCAGAAUGACUGGAUGGGGCCUCCAAGCUUUCCUGAUGGCUCCACAAAGCCAGUUUCCAUCACUCAAGAUGGUGGCUGUGGAGAUGGGUGGGUGUGUGAGCACAGGUGGCCUCAGAUCAGAAACAUGGUCAUUUUCCGUAAUGUUGUUGAUGGCCAGCCGAUGUGUAACUGGUGGGAUAAUGGGAGCAAUCAGAUUGCUUUCGGACGUGGCAAUCGCGGCUUCAUAGUCAUCAAUAAUGAUGAAUGGACCCUGGACAAGACACUGAAUACAGGUUUGCCUGCUGGAACUUACUGUGAUGUCAUCUCCGGGCAAAAGGAGGGAGGCCGUUGCACUGGGAAGCAGGUCGCUGUAGGGGGAGACGGUAGAGCACGUUUCAGGAUCACCAGCUCAGACGAAGACCCAUUUGUUGCCAUCCACACAGACUCUAAAUUAUAAAUGUAAAAACCAACCAGCAACAUAAGAAGUGAGUGGCGCAAGCUUUUACCUUAUGUUUGCUGUCGGAUGGAAGUUAUUUUCCGUGGAAUCUAGACAGAGGCCUGACAAACACAUGGUGUGUCUCAUGUUGGCUUUCAUUCCAGUGCAGUUGAGAUGAGCAUAAUACAAUGGGGAUAUAUUUAGCUCGUGAGAGUUAUUUUCAUGGGGCCAUAUGAAUUAAAUGCUCUGUGGAAGUCACUGUGCACUACAGUAUGUCACUUUAAAUCUGUGUUCACUCAUAGAGGACAUAUAAUAUUGAUAUAAAAUGUUGUAGUGCUUCUGCUAUGGUAAUUUGGUCAUUCCAUAGCUUCCUCGUGUGAUAUUAUGAGAAUUAUUUUCCUGUUGAUUGUCAUUGCCUGCACACAAGAUGUAAAUAUAAGUAGACUAAUUUCUUAGUCUCAGCGACAUAGGUUUAAGAAUA